CUCCUCUCUCACUCCCGCCCACAUACUCUCUCCCCUCUCUCCCCACCCUCUCUGUUUGCUCUGUGUAAACAUGUUUACUGGAAGGCGGUGAUGAAAUCCCGCGACCUCCCGCCCCCGAUUUAAGGGAGGGAGCGGGAGUCAGCAGGUCAAUCGGCGGACCUGUCCCCGGACGGAGUGCAGAGUCAUGGCGGUCCUCUGGGUUCUGGUCGUCGCUAUGGCCCCGGCGUUGGUAACGCCGUUUCAUGAUGCCCUGGUUCUAAUCCCGUCGCAGAUACAGGUCGGCAUCCAGGAGAAGAUUUGCCUGCUCCAGCCCGUGGGGGAGGGGAGUGGGUCACUCCGGGUGACCCUGCACCAUGCCCCCACCAACACCACUGUGGAGAAAGAGACGGCGGGCCCGGUGGGGCACCACGGGUGCAUGGAGUUCACGGUGCCAGACAUUGAGCUGACGAACGAGCAAAAUUCGGUGGCUGAGGUCACGGUCAUUGGAUCGGGUCUGAGCAAAGCAGUGAACGUCACCAAGAGGGUCCUCCUACAGAAAACGCAGUCCCUGACAUUCGUACAGACAGACAAGCCCGUUUACAAACCUGGCCAGACAGUGCGGUUCCGUGUCGUCUCUCUGACGCAGGAUUUCUUGCCGGCCGACGAGCAGUACCCGCUGAUAACACUCUGGGACCCUCAGCAAAACCGGAUUGGGCAGUGGAGAAAUGUGAAGCACAAGCAGGGAAUCGUGGACCUGAGCUACGACUUGAACCCGGAGCCCCUGAUGGGGACGUACAAGAUCGAGGUGAUCACGUUGAAAGGGAAGAAGUUCCACACCUUCACGGUUGAGGAAUAUGUGCUGCCGAAAUUCGAAGUGACGCUGAAAUUUCCAGAUUUGAUCACGAUCGUCGACAAAUCCAUCAACGUUAGAGUGUGCGGGAGGUACACUUACGGGAAACCCAUGCGGGGUGUGGUGAAUGGCACCGUGUGCCUGAGGAGAUAUUAUGCUCGCAAUGAUCCAAACUUCUGUCACAAUGUGGUGGGCAAGACGGACAAUGACGGCUGCUUCUCCCGGGAUCUCAGCACCGCUCUGUUCCGAAUGAGGAGGAAUUGGAGGAAUCAAAUCUACGCGAACUUCGAACUGGAGGAGGAUGGCACAGGAAUCAGGAGGGAGAAAUCAGCAACCUGCUCGAUCGCCUCGGAGGUGACGAGGAUUCACUUCGAGGACUUAGAGAUGUACUACAAGAAAGGACUCCCGUUGUCUGGAAAGGUGGUAAUCAAGUUGGCCACGGGAAAGCCACUUGCAGGAGUGAAGGUGUACCUGUUCAACUCAUUCAACCCCGGGGCUCAGGAGAUUCUGGUCAACGAUCAAGGAGAGGGAACCUUCUGCCUGGACACGUCUGAAUGGGAGGAUGAGCUCGUGUCCCUCAUGGCCAUUUAUCAUCUCCAGCCCGAGGAUAGCUACCACUCUCCCCGGCUCCCUGGUCACUCCCGCGCCCAGCACUCGGUCAAGCAAUUCUACUCAAAGUCCAAAAGCUUCCUGUCCAUCAUGAGUCACCGGAGGGAGCUGCCGUGCACGUCCGAUCUGGAGAUCCCCAUCAGUUACAUCAUCAAAGUGCUUCCGGACACGGGAUCCCUCGACCUGGAGGUGUCCCAGUUGGUGAUGGCCAGAGGGAGGAUUGUCAGCUUUGUGAAGAGCUCUCACUCCAUUGAAGGCACAGAGGAGGGAUCCUUCACACUCCAUCAGCAGAUCACGCCGGAUCUGUCUCCCAUUGCCCGGAUCCUGGUCUUUACCGUGCUUCCGAAUGGAGAAGUAAUCGCUGACGCCGCGAUGUUCAGUGUCGCCAAAUGCUUCCACAAUCAGGUGCAGCUCCAGUUCUCCAGCUCGGAGGAGCUCCCGGGCACCUCGAUGAAGGUCAACCUUCAGGCACAGCCGGGCUCCCUGUGCGGUCUCCGUGUCGUGGAUCAGAGUGUUCUGCUCUUGAAACCGGAGAAGGAGCUAACAAUCGACAGUAUCUACUCCAGCCUGCCAACGGCCGACCUGCAUAAUUACCAUUAUCUGGUCAUGGAGAGCGACGCCGACUUCUGUGAAAAAGCUGACAGGAACAUGUGGGUCCCCCAGUCCAACCAGAAGUCGGUCUUCGACGUCAGUCAGCUGCUCGAGGGAAUGGGUCUGAAGAUCUUCACUGACCUUGAUUAUCACGCCCCUGUGGACUGCGAAGCGUACGACGAAUGGCCCUAUCUCCGCAGAACUUCCGUGGGCUUUCGAACCCAUGUAACUGACCGGAAAAGAGGGCCAAGACCUGUUCAUUUCAAACUCGCACUGCAUAAGCCGGCCAGUCCCUUGGCUCGUGAGCCUGGGACGCAUCUCCCUGAGGAAAAGGUCCGGGAAUAUUUCCCAGAGACCUGGAUCUGGGACCUGGUCCCCCUCAGUUCCACCGGACAGGCCCACCUUGACGUCACGGUCCCUGACGCCAUCACCGAGUGGAAGGGAAGCGCGUUCUGUAGCGGGGACGCAGGGUUCGGGCUGUCACAGACAGCGUCUCUGAUCGCCUUUAAGCCUUUCUUCGUGGACCUCGUGCUGCCCUACUCCGUGGUCAGGACCGAGGGCUUCUCCCUCAAAGCCAAGGUCUUCAAUUACAUGUCGGACAGCCUCAAGGUCAAGAUCACCCUGGAGGAAGCCGAGGGCUUCGAUUUGGCAUCCAACCGCGAGCACGAGCUGUGCGUCCUGUCCAAGGACAGUGUUACCAUCAGUUGGAACCUGACCGCCUCGGGGCUGGGCGAGGUGAACAUCACGGUACGGGCAGAGUCCAUCAGCUCACCGAACCUGUGUGGGAAUGAAAUCGUCGUCAUCCCGCCCCGGGGAGCCAUCGACAUCAUCCGGAAGCCGCUGAUUAUUGAGCCCGAAGGCUCAGAGGUUGAGUUGUCGCGCAGCUCCUUGCUCUGUCCCGCUGGGAAGGAGAUCACGGAGAAGAUCCACCUGCAGGUCCCGGAAGACGUGGUGGAAGGGUCGGCCAGAGCCUACGUCACCGUGCUGGGUGAUCUCAUGGGGAGUGCGAUGGAAAAUCUGGACCACUUGCUCAAACUGCCCACGGGCUGCGGAGAGCAGAACAUGGUUAAGUUCGCCCCCAACAUCUACGUGCUCAGUUACCUGCAGAAGACGCACCAGCUCAAACCCCAAAUCAAGGAUAAAGCUCUCGGCUUCCUGCGGAUAGGAUAUCAACGCCAGCUGAACUAUAAACACGUUGACGGUUCUUUCAGUGCCUUCGGGAGCCAGGACCAAGAGGGGAACACUUGGCUCACUGCCUUCGUGCUGAAGUCUUUCUUGCACGCCCAGCCCUACAUCUUCAUCGACGACUCAGUCUUGCAGCAGGCCGCCUCCUUCUUCCUCAAGUACCGGCUGGAGUCGGGCUGUUUCGGCAACGUGGGCAAACUGCUCCAUAGCUCUAUGAAGGGCGGUGUCGAUGAUUCCAUCUCCCUUUCGGCCUACGUCACCACUGCGCUCCUCGAGUUACAAAGGCUGAGUCCCAGUAUGGCUGAUACGGUUUACAAGAAGGCUCAGGAACUAUUGAGCUUUCACUCUCCAAGCAAUGGGGCAGAGGAAACUACGGCGGAGACCCAGCCUACAGGGUUCACGACGACUGUGCUGGAGCCUUCUCUCGCUUGCCUGAGGAAGCAGAUGGAGACAGUGAACAACACCUACACUCUGGCGCUUCUCGCCUACACCUUCACCCUGGCAGGGGACGACACCUCGAGGGAUUGGCUCCUCAAGAAGCUGGAGGGGCUGGCCAUCAAGAAAGAUGGAAUGAGGUACUGGACGAGGAAACCGGAGGAAGAGAAAAAGGAUGAGGAGUUCAACUGGUACUGGUGGCGGGCUCCCUCGGCUGAGGUGGAGAUGACGGCCUACGUCCUCCUCGCCCUCCUGUCCCAGCCCCACGUGAGCCCUGCAGACCUGCAGCAGAGCACAUCCAUCGUCGGCUGGCUGGUCCGGCAGAGAAACGCAUACGGGGGCUUCGCCUCUACCCAGGACACCGUGGUGGCACUACAUGCUCUCUCACUGUAUGGGAGCCUGACCCACGUCUCGGACCCCCAGGGGCGGGUCACCCUGACCGGCAAGAAGGGCUCCAGCCGGGAAAUCCAGCUGGACACCUCCAACCAGCUGGUACUUCAGACCGAGACGCUGCAGGACGUCCCCGGAGACUACACUGCCCUCGUCAGCGGGAGCAGCUGUCUGUUACUGCAGACCAUACUGAGGUACAACACCCUUCCCAAACGUUGCGACGUCGCCUUCCUGCUCUCGGCCGAGAUGAAGAGAUCUGAUGACGACCCCAACGCAGGCACCAUCAACAUUAACGUAACGUACGUGGGGCCUCGUGCCGUCUCCAACAUGGUUAUUGUGGAUGUGAAGAUGCUGUCCGGUUACUCUGCUCAGAUUGCGCACCAUCCUCGUAUCAGUAAGAUAGAGACAGAGGGCGGCCACUUGGUGAUGUACAUUCCAGAGAUGGACAAGCUCUCGUCUGUACAAGUGUCCGUUCCCCUUCACCGGGACUUUGUGGUGGAGAAUCUUCAGGAUGCCUACGUGAAGGUCUAUGACUACUAUGAGACAGACGAGUCCGCCAUCGCUGGAUACCACUGGCCCACACAAGAGAAGAAUCCCACAGCGACUUGAAGAGGACUUUUCUCCACAAGCGUUAAGAGCAAUGUUUCAGUAACUUGUAAUCACUCAAAAUAAAUAAAUUUCUUAAUC